AUGGCCUCCAUCACCUCCGUCGAACUCAAUUUCCUCAUUUUUCGUUACCUCAAUGAAUCAGGUUUCACGCAUUCUGCUUAUACUUUUGGUAAUGAAGCUGCCAUUAACAAAUGUCCCAUUGAUGGAAAUUUGGUACCACCAGGUGCUCUUGUUACAUUUGUUCAAAAGGGACUGCAGUACUUUGAGAUGGAAGCCAACUUGACUUGCCAGUGUGAUGCAGAACUGGAUGAAGAUUUUUCAUUCUUACAACCUUUGGAUCUUAUCACAAAAAAUGUGCACGAACUUGGGCAAAUGAUUAGUGAAAGAAGGAAAAAACUACUGAAGGAGAGAAAUAAGGAAUUAGAAAAGGAGCACGAGGCUGAACGUGGAAGGGCAAGAGAAAAAGAAAGACAUCAAAGGGAGAAAGAAGUUGAAAAGGAUAGGGAAAGGGUAAAAGUUGCUAAAGAGAGAGAACAGCAUGUUAAUAAGACUGACAGAGAAGUGGUCAGAGAUCAAGAAAAGGUUACUGCAAAGCACGAAGUGAAUGGAGCAGUUGGAGGAUCAGAAUCAACGGACAUCUGUACGGCAUCAACAUCUCAGCCACGUCAAAUUCCCAGUUCAGAUGUGACAAUCUUGGAAGGGCAUACUUCAGAGGUGUGUGCUUGUGCAUGGUGUCCUUCAGGAUCUCUUCUUGCAUCGGGGUCUGGAGAUUCGACAGCUCGUAUAUGGGCAAUACCAGAAGGAAGAUGUAAGCCUGUUUCACAGAGUGUCCCUUUGGAUGCGUUGGUGUUGAAGCAUGUUAGGGGUAAAACAAGUGAAAAGACUAAUGACGUCACUACAAUUGAUUGGAACGGGGAGGGGACACUUCUUGCAACUGGUUCAUAUGAUGGGCAAGCAAGAAUUUGGACCACUAAUGGUGAACUGAAGAGUACAUUAAGCAAACACACGGGACCAAUAUUCUCUCUCAAGUGGAAUAAGCGAGGUGAUUAUAUUGUGACUGGAAGUUGUGAUAAAACUACGAUUGUUUGGGAUGUGAAGGCAGAAGAAUGGAAACAACAAUUUGAAUUUCAUACAGGUCCAGCACUUGAUGUUGACUGGCGCAGCAAUAUGUCUUUUGCCUCAAGUUCCACAGACAAUAUGAUAUACGUGUGCAAGAUUGGUGAUACCCACCCAACACACACUUUUGCUGGACACGAGGGGGAAGUUAACUGUGUUAAAUGGGAUCCCACAGGCUCAUUGCUGGCAUCCUGUUCUGAUGAUGUCACAGCAAAGAUAUGGAGUUUAAAGCAGGGAAAUUAUCUUCAUGAUUUAAAGGAGCAUUCCAAGGAGAUAUAUACCAUCAGAUGGAGCCCUACUGGACCUGGUACAACUAAUCCCAACAAAAAAUUGGUGCUAGCUAGUGCCUCAUUUGAUUCAACUGUAAAACUAUGGGAUGUUGAACUUGGGAAACUCAUCCACAGCUUGAACGGUCAUAGGCAACCUGUAUACUCUGUUGCAUUCAGUCCCAAUGGUGAGUAUAUAGCCAGUGGGUCUCUUGACAAAUCCUUACACAUAUGGUCGUUGAAGGAAGGCAAGAUUGUUAGAACAUAUGCAGGCAGUGGAGGCAUUUUUGAGGUCUGUUGGAAUAAGGAUGGUGACAAGAUCGCUGCAUGUUUUGCCAAUAAUAUAGUGUCCGUUCUGGAUUUUAGAAUGUGA